GUCGGGUUUAAAGGCAUCAGUGUGUGAUACCCCAUCAUUGUAGAACUAUCCAUUCGGGAAGAUGAAAGCGAUUGUCCUGACCGCUUUAAUAGCGGUGUGUAGCGCUGCGAAAUUGGAUCGUUCUUAUCUUCCACCUCCAGCAAACGCGAACACGGCUGGAGGCACUGCAGACAUACUCCAAACACCAGUUUCUAGAACUAAUAAUCAAGUUCCCGGAGACUUUCCUAUCGGCAGCUAUGUAAACGAUCACCAAGGUGUCGUAGUUGACGCCGCUCUUGGUACCAGAGCUUCGAAUCCUGUCCAAUCUGGUCUAAGUGCACCUAGAGUUACCUACGGAUCAAAAGACUCCAAAGUAGGAGAUGCUGCAUUCAGGGAUAAACACCUCCAAGGAGGCCCCAGCUUCCUCCCACAAGGUUUUAUUGGCUUUUCAAGGCCAGAAAGACUACACGCCAGCCGCGAUAGGCUGGCUAACACAGUGAGAGCAGAAAAUAAUCUGAAACCCGAAUCGUAUAGCUAUGUAUACGAAACGGAUAAUGGUAUUAGUGCUAGUGAAGAUGGAGUGGCAAUAAAUGGAGUUCAAGCUAUGGGUGGAUAUUCGUAUACGGGUGACGAUGGCCAGGUGUACUCUGUGACGUAUACAGCAGACAAGAAUGGGUACCAACCUCAAGGGGCGCAUUUGCCAACACCACCACCAAUACCGGUGGAGAUUUUGAAGGCGCUGGAGCAAAAUGCAAAGGAUGAGGCGGCUGGAGUUAUUGAUGAUGGCUCGUACGACGCUAAGAAGUACAAUACAGGCGGAGAUUACACAGACAGCAUCGGCGAUAAUGAUAGUCAAUCAAAUAAAUUUGCGAACCGACCUGGAUCUAGCGUUCAAAUAAGUGGCGGCUUCAUUAAUCAGAACAAUGAAGCUUUAAGACCGAACAAUAAUGGGCAAUUUGGGUUCAUCAGCGCUAAUAAGGAUAUGCGACAACCGAUUGGCAAUAUUCAAAUUUCGCAAAGCAUUCCAUCGAGAUUUACUGAAUCCAAUGCGCAGAGUAAACCACUGUCACCUAGCAACGCAGGUGACUUUCAUGAAGUGAAACCAACUCAAAGCUUCAAUCAAAACUCAUUGAAUACUGGAAGUCAACAGGCAAGUUCUUUCCAGCAAAGCAUACCUUCUCAAGGCUCUUUCCAGCAGAACAUUCCAUCUCAAGGCUUUUUCCAGCAGAACACACCUUCUCAAGGCUCUUUCCCGCAGGACAAACCUUCUCAAGGUUCUUUCCAGCAGAGCAUACCUUCUCAAGGCUCUUUCCAGCAGAACAUACCAUCUCAAGGCUCUUUCCAACAGAAUACACCUUCUCAAGGCCUUUUCCAGCAGAACGUACCUUCUCAAGGCUCUUUCUCAAAUGAAUACUUACCACCAAAGCAACAAUUUGUCCAACAAGAAACCCUAGAUGAAGCUAAGCCUUCAUACAACACUGAGAGCAACCAGGAUUCAAACAAGCUAACAACAAGUAUUCCACUUUCACAACAAAGUUUGCAAAAUCAAGACCAAAGUCUAAUUAUUUCAUCGUCAAGGCCAAGUUCAUACGAUACGUCAAUUACUGACAAUAUUUCACACAGUUCUAGUUCACAGACAGAAACAGUUGAACAAAAACCUCAAUCAAAUUUGAAUAAAGUUCAAAUUAAUCAAGGGGCUUUCAAUGCUUUUGGAGGUUCUCAUUUAUCAUCAACUUCAGAUAAUUCGUCACCUACAACCAUAUCUCAUUCAACUAAUGAUGUUUCUUCGCAACAACAAUUUUCCAAUUCAUUUAAUCAACAACAAACAAUCGUCCCAACAAACCAGCCUUCUAAAGAAUUGACAACUCCAUUUGAAAUGAUCCCGUCAACUACUACCGAUGAUGAGCGGUUAACGACUAAUUCAGUUCCAUCAACAGACAAUUCCUUCCAAACUCAUUCUAUGAGUCAAGUACCUUCUUCGCAAGAAACCGGAGCGCAGAGUCUAAUGCCCCAGCACGAAAAUACAUUCACGAAUCAACCAUCAAACACGUAUGAAGGAGAAAUAUAUAAUUAUAAUAAACCAGCUUCACAACCGAAGCCCACUGACACGUCAUUAACAUCAAACGUUGUAACUUUGAAUUACAACAAAGGACCAAAUGGCGCAUUUGUACAAAUAUCUCAACCGUUCCAGAAACCUAUUAUUGCAAAUGAAAAUAUCCAAAUAUCUUCUAUCCAAGUUCGUCCAACUGACGCUUCAUUCUCACAGACAACGACUAACAAUCAGUAUACACCGACAGAGACAGAAACUGCAUUCACGACUUUACCCUCUGAUGGGCAAAACACGGAGUCGGAGAAUGUGGAAAGCGUUAAUAAACCUACAACAAAUUUGUUUGCACAAACACUUCCUACCGACGCCACAUUUGAACCGAGUACGCAAGGGCAAAACUAUAAUCAUUACACUCAACCUCAAAUCUCGUACGACGCUCAAGUGCCGUCUUUCCAAAAGCCUUUUGAACAAGCAAACCAGCAACCUAUUCAAAAUGCAUUCCAACAGACACGGCCAACCUCUCCAUCGUUCUUGCAAACUCUGCCUAUAAAUCAAUAUCAAUACACGCAGCCCCAAGGACCUGAUGGUUCAUAUUAUUAUGACAGACCAUCUAAACCUUUUAAUCAUCAGCAAUUCUCUUCUCAAUCGAAUCAGUUGAACAAAAUAACGCAGCGUCCUGAAUUUACCGGCCAACCUAUUAAUGUCUUUGCAAAACCAACAAUACCAUCUAUGUUAUCCGUGACUGGACAGAACACUAAUACAUUCCAAAGUCCCAUUAACGGAUUAACUCAAGCCUCCAUUUCAUCAUUUGGACCAAGUUCCCAAACUUCAUCUAUUAGCAAUCAACCAUUACCAACUGCUUUCCCAUUCAACCAAAAUACUCAAUUUUCUGGUGAACAAGGCAAUUCACAACACGUUUCAUUUGCGCAAGCUAUUGCUUCAACCCAACAGUUUUCUUCACAACAGACCAACAAACCUCAAGGUAUUGGACAGACUACAUCCAUUUCCGAAGAAACUACACCAGCAAACACUUAUGACAGUGAAAUAUAUCAAUACAACAAGCCAGAACAAUCUCUUCCCUCCACUUCUUCAUCUGAAAGCAAUGAAGAAGGUUCAGGAGACCAAGAUGGAAAUGCAUUCGCUGCCUCACCAUUUCAAAGCACAAUUCAACAAACAUCAUCAUCUUUACCACAAAACGGAGCCAUCUCAAAACCCGAGGGGAAUCUGAUUGCAGGAAUUUCAGGGCAAAAACCUUUCUCUCUACCCCUUGGCUCCUCAAUUUUAGGCAGUGCUUGCUGCAGGGGUAACGCUCAAUUCAAUCAAAAUUCCCAGAAGCUUAACCCCCAACAAACCAUCAACAGGCAACAACAACCAAGUCAGAUUUUCACAGGUCCAGAGAAAUUUGAAACGAACAGGAAACCGCCCAGCUUCGACUUUACAGGGUAUCAUUACUGAGUGCCAUUACCCGAAUAGUUUUAUUUAAUAUUGUAUAGAUAUGACGUGAU